ACUCGCGUGAGAAAGAAAAAAAAAAAUCCCAAAAAAAAGAAAGAAAAGAAAACCCCAAAACCCUAGCUUUAUAAAACCUCAGUGACGAUCCUCAGUCUCAUUUCUCCUUCUUUUUCCUAAUUUGCAUAAACCCACCAUGCCGCCGAAAUUCGACCCCUCCCAAGUGGUGGACGUGUACGUCCGAGUGACCGGCGGAGAGGUCGGCGCGGCCAGUUCGCUCGCCCCGAAGAUCGGUCCGCUUGGGCUCUCCCCGAAGAAGAUUGGAGAGGACAUAGCCAAGGAGACGGCCAAGGACUGGAAGGGCCUGCGCGUGACCGUGAAGCUGACGGUCCAGAAUCGUCAGGCCAAGGUCUCAGUGGUGCCUUCCGCCGCCGCGCUGGUGAUCAAGGCCCUCAAGGAGCCCGAGCGCGACCGCAAGAAGACCAAGAACAUCAAGCACAGCGGGAACAUCUCCCUCGACGACGUCAUCGAGAUCGCCAAGGUCAUGAGCCCCCGCUCCAUGGCCAAGGACCUCUCCGGCACCGUCAAGGAGAUUCUCGGCACCUGCGUCUCCGUCGGAUGCACCGUCGACGGCAAGGACCCCAAGGACUUGCAGUCCGAGAUCACCGACGGCGACGUCGAGAUCCCCCUCGACUGAGGUUUGUUUUUUCAUUGCUUCGUUGUUAGUGUUUGCGGUCGAUUUUGGUUAUGAGAGAACUCCAUUGGAACUUUGGUUGUCUUUUUUUUUUUUUUUAAAUUUCAGCGUUUAUUAUUUAGUUUUGUAUCGUGGAUUUAGUAGAAGGUUAUAUUUAAAUCUGUACGGGUCGAAAAUGUUAGUUUUUGCA